CCCAGCACGGGAGCUGAGCCUUCGGUCCUGGCCUUCCUGCCCCACACAACACUUGGCCAGGCCAGCAAGGACAGGGGGAGGCCACCCAGGCCGGACACAGGAGCCGCCAGGGCGCAGCCAGCAAGGAAAUCAGCAGCACAGGUGUGCAAGGCAGGCGGGCACAGGGAGGUGCAGCACAGAGCCAGUCAUGAGCAGCAUGCUCGCAGCAGAGGAGGUCGUCACGGUGCCUGUGGAGGACAGGGAGCCUGAGCUGGCAGAUGCCGGGAGCCCUCCCGAAAGCAGCGAAGCGAGGGGCAAAAGGAGCCGCUCCUCGCGGUCCUCCCGGGCAGGGCUGCUCUUCCCCGUGAGCCGCGUGGCCGGGCAGCUGCGCAGGGGGCGCUUCGCCGGGCGGCUCGCAGCCAGGGCCCCUGUCUACCUGGCCGCGGUGCUGCAGUGUGUGACGCACAAGGCGCUGGACGUGGCCGGCAGGAUCGCCAAGCGCAGCAGGCAGCAGCGCAUCGCUCCGGCGCACCUGCACAUGGCCGCGCAGAGGAGCUCGCAGCUCCACAAGCUCCUGCAGGCGGACGUGCUCGGGGGCCGCGGCGGCGCCGCCGCCAAGAGACGGCCUGCGGCCUCCAGAAAGAAGGCGGCCAGCACGAAGAGGAGAUGCCCUGGGCACAGAGCUGCGCCUGCCCGUGCCAGAGCUGCGGCCAAGUGAGGAGAGACCCAGGCUGGCAGGGCAAGCGCUGCCUCGUGGGCAAGGCUGCUGCCAAGUCCAGCACCGUGGGCUAGGGGAACAAUAAAAAAGAUGCUGCAACUCCACGUGGGGCAUUGGCGUCUUGUUUGUGCCAUCUCUUGGCACAGUGUCUCCUGGCUCCAGAGCCAGCUCGCCCAACUCUACCCCAGCCCCAUUCCCGGCCUCUCUCACCCCUGCGCACCUGCAGCCGCACCUCCAGCCCUAUUCACACCGACCCCAGCCCGGGUCCGGCCGCACCCCGACCACUC